GAUGGCGACUGGAGUCCUUCAGAGAGUGAGCGGAGGUUUGGGUCGGGCUAAAAGCAGGGCCCAGUCCGCCGGACAGCUCGUCGUUUGGAGCAGCAGGGGGUUUGCAACAUCAGGCAGCAGAGAAGGACAGGACAGCUGGUUCAAGUCACUGUUUGUGAGGAAAGUUGAUCCCAGGAAAGAUGCACACUCCAACCUGCUGACCAAAAAUGAGGAGAGCAACCUCUACAAAAUUCAGUUCCAUAAUGUCAAGCCCGAGUGCCUGGACUCAUACAACAAACUCUGUGAGGAAGUUUUGCCCUCCAUCCAUGCUGAUAAGUACUACCCCUGUGAGCUGGUGGGAACAUGGAAUACCUGGUAUGGAGAACAAGACCAGGCUGUUCAUCUGUGGCGUUACAGAGGUGGAUACCCCGCUCUGACAGAGGUGAUGAACAAGCUCAGGCAGAACAAGGAGUUCACAGACUACAGGAAGGAGCGAGGUAAGAUGCUGUUGUCUCGCAGGAACCAACUUCUGCUGGAAUUCAGCUUCUGGAACGAGCCGGUGCCCAGAGAGGGACCAAACAUCUAUGAACUCAGGUCCUACCAACUCCGGCCAGGAACCAUGAUCGAGUGGGGUAAUUACUGGGCCAGGGCCAUUGGAUACCGUCAGCACAACAGAGAAGCUGUGGGAGGGUUUUUCUCACAGAUCGGCAAUCUCUACAUGGUUCAUCACCUCUGGGCCUAUAAAGAUCUUCAGUCCAGAGAAGAGACACGGAGCGGCGCCUGGCAGCAGGAGGGCUGGGACGAGGUGGUGUAUUAUACAGUUCCUCUUAUUCAGCAUAUGGAUUCCAGGAUUAUGAUCCCAACAAAGGCUUCCCCACUGAAGUGAAACAACACAAGAAGAAGUUAAAAUCAAGUGGCACCCUUUCGAAUGUUACAUCCAUCCAGAGCAUCACUAUCAUGGUUUCAACGUCCUGUCAGUGCUGCCAAUCCACAUCCCUUCUCUGUUACGGUCUUUGUAUUAUUGUUAUAAAAUGUCACCAGACACACUCCAUUUCCUCUUAUUUCUGGAGCAGGAUUAGUAAAUUUGGCCUAUUGAAACCUCCUGAUGCAUCAUUUUGUCCAACGUCCCGUGCCACAUUGAAACUGGUCCAUGUUUAGAACCAAAGUUACUUGAAAAGCAGCUGUGUGAUGUGUAUGUGUGAGGACAGACAGGUCAACAAAACUGCUGAAGCUCACUGCACAAUGCAGUGGCUAUUUAUUUAUUUAAUGUAAAUUUGGAGUACGUUAUCUGUUUAAGUGUGCUGAGAAGUGGAAGCCUCACCAUUGAGUGAAUGGAGAAAGCCUCUGUAUAAGAAUUAGAACACAGCCGUAACUCAUGAUAAAAACCUCAGUUUUCAUACAAUAAUCGAGGUCAGUUGCAAAUCAGACAACUUUUAUUUUUACAAAACACUCCUUUUAGUUGGUUUUUGUGGAUGUUCUUUGGUUUCCCUGUCAUGGUAAUGUUGUUUCAUGGUGCUGUGUUUGUAACUUUGGCUUCUACUUUUCUUCUGUUAAAAACAGCAUGCCUGGUUUUAAAAACGGUUUUUAUCAAUCAUGUUUUAAUGGGGCAUAAUGAUCCUGUGUGAAAAUGUGUUAUCUAUCAUUGAAUGAGUGAAUCUGGCACUCAGAGGGCAGUCACGCUGCUACAUAUUGUAAUAUCAGAUUUUAUGGUUAAAAAGGAA